AUAAACACGGAAGAAUCGACUCAGUCAAGACUUAAGAGAGGGGAAUAAAGCUUUCGGUUUGUCUAUGAAGCGGAAUAGAAAAAAUUGACCGUUUUACGGCACGGAUCUACGAUAACUGAGUGAAAUUCCGACACACAUUUCUAUGAUGCUUUAUGAAACAGAGAAGGAUGUAAUUUUUUUGAUCGAAGGAACAGCGAGUCUUGGGCUACAUUAUGGAAAAUUCAAAUCGUAUCUUGAGAAAUUUAUAGAAUACUUCAAUGAAGGACCAGUUCCAGUGGAAGAAAUAGCUGCUAAUUAUGGAAACACCAACUAUAUUUUGGUGACGUAUGGUACGCGGGAAGCUCUUCCCGGUUCAGCGGUUAAAAUAGUCUGUCGAACGAGGAACAGUCGAAAAUUCCUGAGGGAAAUCACAGAAUUCAAGUGUCAUGGCGGGGGCGGAGAAUGGCACACUUUGCUUGCAGAUGGUAUGAGUGUUGCUCUGGAGAUAUUUGAUCCUUUACACGAGGGUGGAGUGAGAGAGUGCAAUGUGAAGAGAUAUUGUGUUAUUGUGGGUAUGUCGCCACCCAGUCCUAAUGCAAAGAGCUUGGAAAGCAAUCUGUUUUCUGAUAUGACCAUCGAUGACCUUGCUCUUCAAAUGGGAAAGCAUGGAGUAAACCUCUCUGUCAUUGCACCUCAUAAAACGUCUGUAUUUCAAAGCAUAUUUGACCAGGCUAAUCUUGAUAAGAGAAAAUCAUUCGUUCCAAAGGAGUUCAUAAAAGAAAAGAAUCACAUGGUGUGUCUUAAAGGAAUUGAUUUUCAUGUUUCAGAAGACCAAGCUGUUUAUCCUACAACCAUUCAGCCGCAGAUUCCACCUCCUGUCAUCCCUAAAAAGGAGUUACCACCGGUACAAAACAAGAUUAUUUCAAGUACAGAAAUUGAAGUUCCCGAUCCUGUUCAAACAGUGGUUGAUCCAGGAAACACUGGAGGGGCUGCAGCCACCGGUGCGCCAACACAAGCCUUAGCUUGGACAGGUUUUUUGAAAUGGCAAGAAACGAUCCGCACCGAAGCUGGUACUGCGAGCAAAGUCACGAGAGUCUUAUCUUGCCAUGUUUCAACACCACCUACCGAUAAUUUACAAACCGAAAAGUGGCCAAAGGAACUGGUAAUGCAACUGAUACCUCAGUCAUUGCUGACAAAUUUAGGAUCAUUGCUCCACAAUUCAAAAACGGUCAGUUUCCACUUUGCUGCAAACGAUCCCGAAUCUCUAAGAGCCUUGUAUCGAGUAAUGGCGACCAGUCGUGUUCGAUUUGCUGGAUGCGUUCAUUUUGUAAAUGGGAAUAACCAAUGUGAUGUCAAAAUAUUGUUGCUAAUAUUCAGUCCACGAAAACGGGCCUUUGUUGGAUUAAUACCAAUUGAUCAGAAAAAAUUCAUGGGUGCAAUAAAAAAAGUGAUCGAGGAACAUAAGAAGCAACAAGUGUUGCAGGCAAUGAAAAUCCAGCAAGACAAGAUGCAGCAAUUACAACUGCAACAGCAACAACAACAGUUACACCAGCAGCAACAUCAAGUACAACAACAGGUGCAACAACGAGGACAAUUACCGCUUGUACUUCCCAAUAAUCAAUCUCCACAAAAAAUCAUCCCUGACAUGCAAGCGCCCUUGCAGAUUAACAAACCUAACCUCAGCGCUGGAGGGAACAUCUCACAACAACAGCAACAACAACAACAACCACAGAAAAUGAAUACUCUUCUUGCGCAGCAGCAACCUCGUCCCCAGGGUUUGCCAAAUAAUGAACUGAUGCAAAUGAUAAAACAGCAACAACAUUUUAGGUCUUUACAACAACAACAGCAGCAGCAACAACAACAACAACAACAACAACAACAACAACAGCAGCAGCAGCAACAGCAACAACCACAAGUGCUUAGUCAAGGAGCCACCACUGCUGGAGCUGGUAAUUCUUCAAUCAGUAAUCAAGCACAACUGAUGAUGGCAAUUCAGCAGUUACAAAAGAACAAACAACUGCCACAACAGCAGCUGCAAAAACGUCAAUCUCACUUACAACAAAUGCAACAGCAACAACAACAACAACAACAACAACAACAACAAGUCUUGCAAUCGCAGGGUCAACAACAGUUACCACAAGCAACAUUAAACCAACAGCAACAACAACUUCAGCAAUUGCAGCAAAAAUUACAACAACAGAAGCAACAGAUUGUGCUGAAACAGCAACUGCAACAAUUAAAACAACAACAACAAUUGCAACAGCAACAAAAUCAACAAUUACUACAACAACAUAACCAACCACGUAACCAACAACCAUCACCACUACAACAGCAGCAGCAAAAACUAGUUCAGCAACUGCAACUUAAAAAAUUAGUUCAGCAACAACAGUUACAUCAGCAACAGAUCCAACAAAACCAACAACAGCAAAUUCAGCAGAAUAAACAGCAGCAGCAGCAGUCCCAACAACAACAACAACAACAACAGACGAACCAGCAGCAACAACUGCAACAAUUGCAACAGAAGCAACAGUCAUCACAGCAACCUGUGCAACAAGACAUGCAAGAACAGCCAUCAUUACAACAACGACAAUCAGAUCAGAAUGAAGACGCAGAACGACAACGCAAUUCGAAGUUGCAGCAGCAAGAUACUAAUCAACAACAGCAGCAAAUGCAAUUGCAGCAAGCACAACAAACUCUUACACAACAACAGCAGCAGCAACUGCAACAAAAAUCAUCACUUGUAAAGCAGCAACCUUUAUCAGCAUCGCAGGUUAUGCUUGCCCAACUUGUUCAGCGCUCACAAAGCCAAGGACAACUGAAUACACAACCAUUAUCUACCGUACCACGUCCACAGCAGCUGCCUCAGGUCACCCUAGCCCAGGAAACUAUGAUUCAAAGCAAGGCCACACCAAAUGUGCUCACUUCUGAUGACAGUAAUCUUUACGAUCUGCUAAACAGUUGAGUGACGGUAUAUGAAACAAAAAAUACUGGAGCGUCCUUGACUACUACAGCCCGGGGAUCAUUUCUACAGAUAAAAUUAUGCGUAAUUAUUUUGAAAAUUAAUUAAAUAAGGUUUUAGAAUUCAAUGUAAUCAAUGUCAAUGAAGUAAUAGCGAUUUUAAUAAAGAUAUUUAUUGAA